UUUUCUGUCGAAACUGGUGUAGUUUUCGUACUACAGAAGUCAAUAGUCCAACAACCUUACUUGGAAUGUGACUCGCUUUUCAACUCUUCACUUCGCUUCCUCAUAUCUCUGUGUCUGGAACAACCAAAGUUGGGCUUCAAAGCUGGUAUGCCGUAUUAAUCUUCCUCCCACCCCUAUACUUUUACACUUUAGUAAAUCCACUUAGUCUAGCAUUUGUGGGUGUUCGAUUUGUACAACAAGCACUGCAGUUCUUUGUUGUUCUGUUUAGAAACAGUAAGGAUUAUAUAUUUAUAUUAUUUAUAUUAUUGAGUAUAGUGAUAUUUCAUCUGGGUUUUGGGUAUUGUCAAAGAAUUGUUCAGAUCAGAUCUGGUAGAACAGCCUAGAUGGACUUUUAUCUGAAGAACCUGUUUGAUAGAUUCCAAGAGCAAUUUGGUUCAGGUCCUGGGUUUGGUCCUGGAUUUGGGACAUGUCUCAUGAAAGUAGAAGGCAUUACUCCUGGUUUUAUUAAAUAUGUGUUUAAAGCGUCGACAGCUCUAUAUAGGACUGAUCCAUGGAAGAGGUUGCGUCCAAUACAUCUUUUUGGUGUCAUGGUUGGGAAGGAUUCAGAUUGGUCUGGCAAGAAGCAGCCUUUCCCAUGUCUACAAUUCAUCGGAGGAGAUGGUGGGGAUGUUGGUUUUCACAUGUUUCGAUCUGUAAAUGAUGCUAGGAAGGUGACUGGCAGAAGAGAAACUAUUCGAGUUUCUAAUAUAGAGAUUUUGAGGGUCACAUAUGAACCUGAGUCAUUGAUGUUCCCUUCAAAUCGCAAGAUGAUCAAAACCUUGUCAUUAGAAGAAUCAGGGACAGAUCGCUAUCCUGUAAUGGAUGUUGCCUGUUGCACACCAUCUGGGUCUCUGCAGUUUAGGAGUCUAACUCUUGAGGAGCUUAGGUUUGUGUGUGCUGUCAUGAAAGGCAUGGCUUUGGUGCAUCCUUUGCUUCAGGUUGAUAGAGAUAGCGGACCAAAGUGGUCAAGGCUAAUGUACUUUGAACCAUUUAUUGAAACAGUUGAUGUUCAAUGGCCUCCAGAAAUGGCCAAAGGCGGCCAUGACCUAGUUGCAAUGACGAUUUCGUACCCGCCUGGUCAGGCUUAUGAAGACAAGAGUUGCUCUACAGCAAGCUCAACCCCAACCAAAUAUGCAGAACCACCUAAGGAGGAUUCUUAUGCUGAUGUAGAAUUGCUGAAUGGCAGCUUGCAGAAGGGUGCAACCUGUGACAAAAGAGUUUCAUAGAAAGUAGGCAGCUUAAUCAAAACUCAAAAGGUCAUUUGGGGAAGUGUAGUGGCUAUUCUCACUGCCCGUUUGGCCCCUUUGGGUGGCGUUUGAAGGUGAAGAGUAUCCUCCUGCAACACCUUUUCCACCAUCAUUCAGAAAUAGGUAGCAGAGUGAGUGAGGGUGAAUCUUGUGAGAUGGGUAUCAGGAGGAAACCUCUAGUGUGGAUUUUUAAAGUAGUGAAAUUUGAUUGAUCUCAGUGAAUUUCAACAUCAAGUAAACCUUUUUUGUGUGUAUUUUUUUGUCUUCUGUCCAUUGAAAUAAGAUUUACCCGUUUCCAA